AAACCUUUCAUCAUUGAUCGGCAACUUCCCUCUUCAGGCACACUUCGAGUACUCCCACGAUACGACCUCCCUCCGGCUCCAUCCAUGGAUUUCCUCUCGAAUCCCAUGGCCAUGUCCUCCGCCGCUUUGGCUAUUAUCGUUUCUUUCCUGGGUGUCCAGAUUCUAGCAAGGAAAAUGAAGAAAGAUAAGAGAAAGAAGAAGUACCAUCCUAUUGCUGGAACCACAUUUAACCAGCUCCUCAACUUCCAUAGGUUGCACCACUAUAUGACUGACCUUGCCGGAAAGUACAGGACAUACAGGCUUCUAAGCCCUUUUAGGAACGAGAUUUACACUGCGGACCCAGCAAAUGUCGAGUACAUACUCAAAACUAAUUUCGACAAUUAUGGCAAGGGAUGUUAUAACUACGUCAUGCUGAAGGACCUUCUAGGAGAUGGGAUUUUCACAGUCGAUGGUGACAAGUGGCGCCAACAGAGGAAGAUAUCAAGUCAUGAGUUCUCCACAAGGGUGUUAAGGGACUUUAGCAGUGAGAUCUUCAGGAAAAGUGCUGUAAAACUGGCUCAAAUAGUGUCUGAAGCAGCAACUAACAACCAGAUCAUCGAUCUUCAAGAUCUAUUGAUGAAAUCAAUCCUGGAUUCACUGUUCCAAGUUGCAUUUGGAAUCGAGUUAGACAGCAUGUGUGGAUCAAAUGAAGAAGGAAGGAAUUUCAGCAAUGCGUUUGAUGAUUCAAGCUCAAUGACCCUUUUUCGUUACGUAGAUAUCUUUUGGAGAAUCAAGAAGUUUCUAAAUAUUGGAUCAGAGGCCACCUUAAAGAAAAGUACCAAAAUUGUUAAUGAUUUUGUGUUUAAGCUGAUACACAACAAGAUUGAGCAAAUGAAGAACUCAAAGGAUGAAUCUUCCAUAAAGAGAGAAGACAUCUUGUCAAGAUUUCUACGAGUGACAGAGAAUGAUCCGACAUACUUGAGAGAUAUAAUUCUUAACUUCAUCAUAGCUGGCAAAGACACGACUGCAGCCACCAUUGCUUGGUUUAUUUACAUGCUCUGUAAGCAUCCUGCCGUGCAAGAAAAAAUUGUAAAAGAAGUGAAGGAAGCUACCACCAAUAAAGAUAUCUCAAACUAUGCUGAUUUUGCUGCCGCUAUUAGUGAAGAAGCUCUAGAAAAGAUGAAUUUUCUACAUGCGGCAAUUACUGAAACUCUCAGACUCUAUCCUGCAGUUCCCGUGGAUGCAAAGAUUUGCUUUUCUGAUGAUACUCUACCAGAUGGCUACAAUGUGAAGAAAGGAGAUAUGGUAGCUUACCAACCUUAUGCAAUGGGCAGGAUGAAAUUCAUAUGGGGUGAUGAUGCCCUGGAAUUCAAACCAGAGAGAUGGCUCAAUGAGGAUGGAAUUUUCCAACCAGAGAGCCCUUUCAAGUUUACGGCCUUUCAGGCAGGCCCACGAAUCUGUCUUGGAAAAGAGUUUGCCUACAGGAAUAUGAAGAUCUUCUCGGCUGUCUUGUUAGGCUGUUUCCAGUUCAAAAUGAGUGAUGAAAAUAAAACAGUCAAUUACAGGACAAUGAUCAAUCUUCACAUCGAUGGAGGUCUUGACGUUCGCGCCUUCCACAGAAAUGGAAAUUAGCUCGGUAAGCAGAGAAAUAAAAACUUUUCAAUUAUGUGAGAAGCAUCAUCUGUCUAAAAUGCCCGAUUGAAAGAGAGAAAAUAUAGCGUAUAUGCAAAGAAUAACAAUGCUAGGUAGGAGCUUGUUGUAUUGAUAAGUUUUACUCGUUUCUUCUUAAAUAAUGAUGUUAUAUAGGUGUAUGCAUUAUUGAA